AUGGAACAAGAGGCAGUGACAGGGAAAAAAAAACCAGAGUUCGACGACUAUCAUCCCAUGCAACCAAUCUCCACCGUGUAUCAUCCAAAUUGCAUGAUCCGAAAGCUAGGAAACAAGGAUAUGGAGAGAGCAAGCAAGUUCCAAGAGCUGCCCAUUGAGCCACAAGGCAUAUUAUGGCAGGAUGGUUUUAUUGAUCCCGAGCACGAGCAACAGCUUAUUUCCAUCUUUCUCAACAAGCUCAAAUGGGAUGAUCGCCCCGGUCGCCAGUCCCUCCAUUAUGGCUACAGCUUCGACUAUAAGACGCAUGGAGUAGAUCCAGACGUCCCAUUUAAAGAAUUUCCGGACUGGCUGCAGCCUCUCAUUCCAACUACCGAGUGUAGGCCGCCGGACCAGGUCUGUCUGCAGUACUAUCCACCAGGCGCUGGCAUCCCACCACACGUAGAUGGGCACAUGGCCUAUGACCAGCUCUACGCGUUGUCGCUUGGUGCGCCGAUCCUAAUGCGCUUUCGCAAGGAAAAGCAGCAAGUUGACAUUGAUCUGACCCCACGGAGCAUGAUGCGGAUGACGGGUGACGCGAGGCUGCAUUGGACUCAUGGCAUUACGAAGCGCAAGACAGACACACUGUCUGAUGGCACGGUCAGGGCACGAAGGAAUCGGUGGAGUAUCACAUAUCGUUGGAUCAGGGAAGGGGAGUGUGAAUGUGGGAACAUUGAACUGUGUGAUGUAGCCCAGCGUCGAAAUGGGAUCAAGAAGGAAAUGAGGUCGUUGAAGGGGCUAGCAGCAAAAUCCGAGGAAAUAACCGAGUCGCCUCCAUAG